CAAACCAUAAGUCCCCUCCGGUGAAACCAAUAGGGGACAAUAAAGGGUAUAAAACGGAGAAAAAUACCAGUCUCGGCAUGGACGUCGCGAUCUUGAUUGUCAAGUGAUAACCAACUCUGACACGCGCGCCAGAGCAGUCGGGAUGGGAGGGCAGUGCGCAUGGACACAAUGGCAGACCACAGAAAGACACCUGACAAGGGUAGACAUUUGGCACUACGAACCACUACGACUCAAAUUCCUACUGAGAUCCGUAUAUGAUGUGCUACCAUCUCAAGUCAAUCUACACAGAUGGGGGUUAGUGGAAGACACAAAGUGUCAGCUGUGCGACAAACCAGGAACCAUGCAGCACACCCUCUCAUCUUGCCAGACAGCGGUAACACAAGGCCGCUACAGAUGGAGGCACGACACGGUCCUCAAGGAGCUAGCAGACAUACUAGAGCGGGAGAGAAGGAAGACAAGACCUACCAACAAGAAGGCAGUACCAACAAUCAAAUUCGUCAAGGAAGGACAAACUGCCAAGAAGACAAGAAUCGCAGCAACAUCUAUCCUUGAUGAAUCAGAGCGUUGGGAGAUGAAGGUCGACCUAGGAAAACAGCUGGUAUUCCCAGACAUAGUCCAUACCACACAGAGACCAGACAUAGUUAUAUGGUCCCCCAAGGACAAGAAACUGGCGAUGAUAGAACUCACUGUACCCUGGGAGACUAGGUGUGAUGAGGCCUACGAGCGGAAAAUGGGAAAGUACACUGAGCUACAAGAACAGUGUAAAAGUCGUGGUUGGAGUGCCUGGCUGUUCCCCGUUUAAAAUAGGGUGCAGAGGAUUCCCAGCCCAGUCAGUAUGGAGAAUGCUCAGCAGCAUUGGGAUAAAGGGAGGUGACAGGAAGAGGGCUGUACGCAGACUUGGACAAGCUGCAGAAAGAGCAUCCAACUGGCUGUGGAUGAUGAGAGAGGAGAAGAGCUGGACGCUAAACCACUGACCCGUAGUGUUUGGCCAACACUACGGAUCCACUGCCCGGAGAGUGUCCUGGGAUUAAAGGAUAGAAACACUUGAUGAUAGGCAGUUCCCAGCUGAUGAGUCAGUGGUUUGUGCAGUAGUAUCUGUAUUCUACACAUCACUGUCAAUGACAUACGAACGUAUUUACAUAUUAAUAUUGCAUUUAUAAAAGGUAAAGGUAA